GAGCCGAUAACUUGCAGUUCGCCUAUCGACAUUUAUCCACCUCUAUCAAUAAAUAAAAGAAAAUAUAAACAAGCGGGCAACCAAGAUAUUGGCUUGUUUUGCCGUGAAUAAAAAUUAAAAUGUCAGAGGACAUAGAAACUAUCGUGGACAUCCUUAAUCUCUAUAAAUCUGUGAUAGACUUCUGCGAAGGGGAGAGGCUAAGAAGACUGAGGCAGAAGGAGCAGAGUCCCAAUCAUGUUGAAAGCCCCCAGAAGGAGAUCAAAUUCGAAUGCGAGGAGACUUUCCGAGUCUUCCACAGCAUGUCCUCGUUGUCCUACCGCAAGUUAUUGCACGUCCUGCGUAGGAGACUGGAGCUGCAGGACUCGCGGAUGGGCAACGUCCAGAAGGUCUCUCCAGAAGUGCGCCUGCAAAUGACACUGCGCUUCUUAGCCACCGGCGAGUCUUUCGGCACUUUGACUGGCGUUUUUCACAUUCCCACGGCUGAUGUCCGGAACAUAGUGGCGGAAACCCUAGCUUCCAUUGUGAAACGCCUAAAAAGAACAUUCCUUCAGAUUCCCAGGUCCGAGGAGGCUUGGCUUCAAAUUGCCAGCGAUUUCCAGGAUCUGUGGAAUUUCCCCCACUGCUUGGGAGCCGUAGAUGGUCACCACUUAGCCUUCCGGGGCGGUACCGAGGCUGAUGAAAGCUACUCCAACUACCGGAACUUUAACAGUAUCAUACUGCUGGCCCUCGUAGACGCUCAGCACCGGUUCCUCCACAUAGACGCUACCUCCAAGGGAGGCGCGACAGAUGCUUUUAACCAAAGCUCUUUGUUCGAUGCAAUGGAAAGCAAUUGGCUGAAUAUACCGCCCGAAUGCUGUUUGCUUGGUCUCGAUGAAGAGCUGCCGCAUGUGAUCCUAGCUGAUCAGGGAUUCACCCUGCAACCGUGGCUAAUGAAGCCCUACGAGGCUCCCGCAAACCUAACCAGAAAGAUGUUCAACUACCGACUGAAUCGCGCUCACCGUGUGGCGAUAAACGCCCUCGGCAUAAUGAACAGUAAAUUUAGGGCGCUGCAAACGGAGAUAAACUUGGAGGUGCCACAAAUGGAGAAACUGGUGACUGCCACUGGCAUCCUGCACAAUUUCCUUAUUGGCGAAGAGGGCGAGGACUAUCUGCGGGGCUUAGAGAAAGAAGACACAGAAUGCAUGGCCAUCAUUCCGGGAGAUUGGCGCUCCAACACCUUUUUAAUGGGCCUGGAGCCUUCGCCAGUUCAGUUGGACGAAAGCGAAAAUGUCUCAAGUUCGAUAAGAGACGGAUUCGCAACGUAUCUAAGCUCCACGGGCGUUGUGCCCUGGCAGUUUGAAAUAACUGAGUUUUUAUAAGAGCACCUUUUAAAUACAACAGAUAACUUUAA